CAAAAUAAAAAAAUAAAAAAAUCAAAAUACAUUCAUUUCUAUCAGCCCUAAAAAGCUUCACGCCGGUUUGUUUCUCCGCCGUUGUGCUUCUUCUUCUUCUUCUUCCUCUUCCUGGGUUCUCUCUUAACAAAUCUCCGUCGAUUCAUUCCUCCCAGAAUCAGAUUCAGUGAAAAUGGCGUUUUGCAAUAAGCUAAGCCGUCUCGUGAGGCAGAGUGAGAACGCUUCCAUGAUUGGCUCUCUCAGGUCCUUCUCUGCUGAAGCCACUCACCAUAGAUUUCACCAAGAGACUCACAAUUUUCUUGAGCCAGAAAACUAUAUUGGUAGCUGGGAAGCUCCGAGUGAUCCAAAAGAUGCAGAGAGAAAGCUUGCACAGCUUAGGAGAGAUUAUGCAAAGAAAGUUAAAGUGUAUCGUAAAGAGUAUAUUCAUGAGAUUGAGAUGCUUCGUGUUGAGAAACAGCGUAAGGAUGAGGCUAGAUUGUUGGCUGAACGAGCUGCUAAUGAGGAGAGGCGACGGUUGAAGGCUGAGGCUGCUAAGGUUAGGGCUGAGGAACGUAAGAUUGCUGAUGAAGAGUUCAGGCAAACUCUGAUUAAAGAAAGAGCAGAAAAGCUAGAGAUCUGGAAGAUGAUGGGUCAAAAAAGGGAAGAGAAGAUCAAAGAGAGAGAGAAGCUACUACGUGAGCAGAGUUCAUUAUGGAUCGAGCCAAAGGAACUGGAGAGGAAGAUUACAGAAGCCUUGGUUGACACCGCCGUUCUCUAAACCAAGCUUCUCCUCUGAAUCUUUGUUUAAGAAAGAAUCACUUUAGUCCCUUUUGUUGAAGACAAACUCUUUUCUUCUUCAAAUAGAGAAGAAAGCAAAGGCGUUUUAGGCCUUUUUGCAUUGAGCACAUAAUGAGAAUUGUGAUAAAGUUUAAAAUCAGGUCUUGUGACCAAUCUCUUGUUUGUGGUUUUGGUGUCGUAAUAAGAACUUCUCUGUUGUCAGUA